AUGCGAAACUCAACAACGACAUCGGCAACUCGGAAUUCAACAGCGGCAUUGGCGAUUCGGAAUUCAACAAUGACACUGGUGAUGCAGAAUUCAACAGCGACAGCUAAAAGAACUGCAUCGACACCAGACAAGACUGUCCUCGAAGUGAAAACGCCAACACCUGAGACAACGAUUUCAUAUUACGACUAUGAUAACUAUGGCAAUUUUCUGAAACGUUUCAAAAAACGAACGAAAGUCACUGGUUAG